AUGCUCCUCCUCUAUGGUUGUGAAAACGAACGGAUGAUCCGCUAUAAACUCCGGCAAUAGAGGCGACCAACCACAGCCGAUGCAAUUGUGCCUUCCUCGUUGACUCCAGUAGUUGACAUACAAGUUCUUCCUCGGCACGAACUUGGGAGGCAGAUCUACUGCCAUGACUGUAAGUUCUGCUUCUUUGUCAAUGAAUGGAAGUUCCAAUCCCCAGUCUCUUGAGUGCUUUCGAAGCUUCAAAGCGAAGUGAGAACUUGAAAUUUGGAAGGUUCAACGUGCGAAGGCUGAGCCGCUGACUCGGGUUGUAAUCCUUUAGGAAGUCUUGGUUAAAGAUCAUCUCACCCAUGAGGUCAAAAGAAAGGAAAGAGACCAAGAAACAAAAGAAGAGAAAGAAGAAAGAGAAAAAUAAAUAAGGAAAGCAAAGAACAAUUAGAAAGAGACGAAGCCUGACUGAUCGAACAGCUUAACUUUUCUUAGUAUAUGAAGAAAAUGAGUUGAUCAGUGUUUGCAGAGAGCAAAGCUUCACCAAGGAUGGGCAGUGGAGUCUGUGGCCAGCCACAGGACACGGCUCCGGUGGUCCUCUUUUCCUCCCUCCCGAGGAGUAUCGGGGUAUGGACGGUCCAGUCUCCGUCAGCUUCAACAGCCGACUCUUGCGGCCUUAACAGAGAACUGGCCUUCGCCUCUCGUUGGCGCAAGAGCAGAGGAGCCGGCGGUGGCCGCUACGUUCAAGGCUGCUCCGUGCGCGCACGCAUCGCACGUGCUGGCGGUGGCCGCAACGGCGAUGGCCCUCGUGUGGUGCAUCCACUUCUGCGGCGGCCGCCUUGGAGCCUCCAACUAAUCCCUCGUCUUCGACGUACUGUCAUCCUCGUCUUGCGUCCUUUUCGUAUGUGUGCUAAACGUCACCCGCCUCGGGUCCCAGAAUUCCGGCCCCACUCGCGCGGUCCGGAGAAAUCUUACGCCGAUUUCAGUUACGAUACGACUCUAUGUUUCCGUUCGCAAUAACAACACGAUCAAACCCGUUCUCCGAUAAUAACCAUCUCCUGUUUCCAUUAUGCUUUUAUAUGUAUAUAUAUGUGUAUGUAAGAAUUUGUGCAUUGAGGGUGGCGAGCAUUACAAGACGGCCUUUGGUGGUGGGAGUGCCGCCGAGCAGGACUUGGAGGAUGGAAGAGGCCGGCGCGAAGCACGAGGCGGAGGCCCCGUUGCGGACAGCAGUGGCGGUGAAGGACGUCGAGGAAGAGAAGGCCCCGAUUCCUUCGCCAGCAGAGCGGAAGCUCGACGACUCUGAUGCCGUCGCCAUCGACGAGAGUGAUGAGGAUGCUUCCACAGAAAAGAGCACAGAGGUUUCAGCUGAGAGUGUUCUUGCAAGGCUUGAAACAGAGAAGAGGUUGUCUUUGAUCAAAGCUUGGGAAGAUAACGAAAAGACUAAGGUGGAAAAUAAGGUUGUUAAGAAGUUGUCAUCAAUUAUGGUAUGGGAAAUCUCUAGAAAAGCAGCUGUGGAAGCUGAGCUGAAAAGGAAAGAGGAAGAACUGGAAAAGAAAAAGGCAGAAUAUGCAGAGAAAAUUAAGAACAAGAUUGCUCUGCUUCAUAGGUUUGCAGAAGAGAAGAGAGCAAUGGUUGAGGCUAGACGUGGUGAAGAGCUCCUGAAGGUGGAGGAGGUUGCCUCGAAAUAUCGUGCCACGGGACUUGCACCGAAGAAGCUUCUUGGCUGUUUCGGACCAUAAAAAUUGACGUUGGAGAGGAAACCGACGGCAACAUUUCACUUCUUUGUGCUCGAAUUCCUUUCUUCUUUGUGCGAAUGUUGUGUUUAUUUAUCUGGGUAGUUAAAUGAUCGGUUGUUCCUUUAUGAG